AUGCUUCCCGUUAGACGAGCCGUGGCCUUCCACGCCGCGAGAACCUGCCGCCAGUUCCUCCCCCGACACGUUGCUGCUCCGCGACCGAUCCGAUCGAGCCUGUACACGACUUCUGCCCGUUUGCGACAGAAUGCCUUCCACUCCCAGCUCGAAAGCCACGCCGCCGCGGGGCCCAGCGCUAUCCAGAACCCUCAGACCAUGACGGAGAAGAUCGUGCAGAACUACUCUGUCGGUCUUGCGCCUGGAAAGAAGGUUCGCACGGGUGACUAUGUCACUUUGCAACCGCACAAGUGCGUCGUCCGGGAGCCUGUCAAUGUCUACUACGACUAA